AUGAACACUGAUCAACGUGUCUCGGCUCUCUUCAGUAAACCAGGAAAUCAGACGUGUGCUGACUGUAAUUCAAGGAACCCACGCUGGCUCAGUAUUCCAUUAGGGGUAUUUAUCUGUAUUCAAUGCAGCGGCAUGCAUAGACACUUGGGGACUCACAUUUCCUUUGUCCGCUCAGCUACACUUGAUAAGUGGACUCCAGAGCAGCUCCACAUCUUUGAAAGAUUAGAUAACAACGUGGCGAAUGCUUAUUGGGAAAAGCAUAUGCAGGAUUCGAAUUUGAAACCUAAAGAAACUGACAGCCCGCAAAAGGUCUUGAGCUUUCUUACUGUCUCCUCUAUGAGCGAACAAAAAAUUUGGAUUUUAGUAAAUUUUUUUUCUGAAAAAAUCCAUUUUCGUAAGUAAAAAUUUAUUUAAAUUCCAAAUUUAUGUAUUAAAAUGAAAGCUGUUUAAAAUUUAGCAGAAUUAGCUUGAGAUUUCAUUAUACUAAUUAUCACUUAUAUACCAAAUAUUUUUUUCAUAAAAUAUAGAAUUUCCCAUAUUUGACUAUUUGCCCUUGAUUUGCCCACUUGAAAAUUUUUUUUGGCUCGACCAGUACCAUAUGGUUUGGUCUAAUCAAAAAAUUUUCUCAGUGAGCAAAUCAAGGGCAAACAGCGCCAUCUAUGGGAAAAUUCUAUAAUUUUAGUUCAUUGUUUUGUCCAAAAAAAUCGAGAUUUUCAAUGGUUUGUUCGCUCACGGAGGGGAUUAGGGAAAAAUACGAGCAUAAAAAAUGGGUAAACAAGGACGAGUUGAAUCCUGUCCAAAGAAUCAAAAGAGGUGAAACAGUCCAGCAGCCUAAAGCCCAAGAAGACAAGCAGCCUAAGGCUCAAGCCAUGAAGCCCAGAGCGCCGCAAACAAACUCAAUCAAUUUAUUAGACGGUGAUUUUAUAGCUCCUUCAUCCCAGCCUAGAAAUGCAGUUCUAAACGACGAUUUUAUCCGCUUCGAUCUUGUAGUUGAUGUCCCUGCAAUCCAAGAAACUAAGUCUAUUAACACCUGGCCAGCAACAAACAGCAUCGUUUUUCAAGAAAGAAAUGUAGAAGAGAGAAACUUCAAGCAAAUCGAAGAAAGAAACACCAAAACCCUUGACGACAGAGACAAGAAAAUCCGAGAUGUGAUGGCAAUGUACAAUAAUAAUAGUCUGCAAAGUCCAGACAUGAACCGAAACACUCAGCAACAAAAGCAACAAUUUCAGUCUUUAGGAGCUCUUGCCGCACAGAAGUUUUUAUCAGGAGAGAGAGCCGACUUUGGGUAUAGCAAUAGCUACUGGCCAAGUUUCUAA